AUGGCUGUUCUCAUUGUCCUAAACGGUCAAUCCCUUUGGGUAGUUCUUGUGGUCCAAUACGAGUUGGACAAAGUUGUGAGUUCACAUGUAAAGAAGGCGUUCAAAUCUCAGGUCAAACAAAAAAAUGAUGGCAAAUGUGAGAGUGUUUGGGACUCCGAGGCUCUGCCGUCGUGCGGAGAAAGUACUUCAAUGUCUCGAUGUUCUCCUAAUUUAAUCGCUCCGAUCAAUGGCUACAUAAGCGGUAACUGCGAGAACCCUCAACUCGAUCAGGAAUGUAGUAUUGGGUGCGACACUGACUUCCAGUUGUCUCCCAAUACUCGUCAAAUUCGAUGCACUCAAGAUGGUUGGGAUACAUUGGAAAUACCAGAGAUAAAUUAUGCUUCAAAUGGUUUUGACUCAACCCUUUCAGAGUCAACUGAACAGUGCGAUGACAUACAACCACCUCAAAGAGGAUUUACUGAAACCGAUUGUGUAAACCCACAGCAAGACUUUCAAUGCAAGUUCACGUGUAAAACUGGAUGCACUUUGACAGAGCCGUCAGUGGUAACCUGUCAGUCCAAUGGAUGGGAUCCCCAAAUACCAGACCCCGAUUCUAUAUGUACUGCACCCGUAUGCCCUCCAAUAGAAAUUUCAAAUGGAAAUUCUUGUGAUGAGACUCCAGUUGGCGGCGAAUGCAGACUCUCUUGUGAUAAUGGACAACAAAUUGAUCCCUCAAUAGUUCGCUGUGUGUUUAUAGAGACAGAGACCCGAUGUGAGAGCAAAUGGGAGCCAAAACCACUUCCAACGUGUGAAUCGCGGGCAAAGAAAUGCAGACCUGAUAUCAGAUCACCCGCUAAUGGAUACACAGAAGGCAACUGUGAAAAUGCUAAUCUCGAUGACGAAUGUAUUAUAAAAUGUGACAAAGGAUUCAAACUGUCACCAAAUAGUCCUCGCAUUAGGUGUACUGAAAACGGUUGGGAUCCAGAAGAACUCCCUUCGUGUAGACCAAAUAAAUGCUCGAAUUUGGUUGAAACCAAAAACUUAAUAUUUGAGGACAACUCUCACUGCAAACCAGGGAUUCCUGGAAUGCGUUGUGAAUUCCGUUGCGCUCAGGGAUAUAGUCUCAGUCCUGAUAUCAAAUCAUUAAUGUGUAGCAAUGAUAAUGAAUGGAGUAAUGAGGGACAACUUCCACAGUGUAUUCAACAAACAUCUUGUUCGUCACUAACACCACCAGCACAUGGAGACUUUGAAUCGCCGGACCCAUGCAGACAACCCAAACCAGAAUCUCAAUGCACAGUAAAUGGAGUGAUAGAGUGGCUGUCUGUGAACCUAAAUCUAUAUCUUGCGCCGUUAAAUGAUAUCGACUUUGGAGUGAAGACUGGUGUUUGUGCGCCAGGAGUGAGUGGAAAGAAGUGUAAGUUUGAGUGUAAAAACAAUUACCAUUUGGUCGGAGAAUCAAUUUAUACGUGCAAAGAAGAUGGUCAAUGGGACAGAAAGUGUUGUCCCUCUUGUGUCGCACAAACCAAAUGUCCGUCCGUUCAGAAUAUAGAAAACGCUGAGAUAUCCGGAAAGUGUAAAGAGGCAGCACCGGGAGAUAUUUGCACAGUUAAGUGCUCUAAUGAUAAAAUUCAUCGAAUGGACUGUUUAAAGGAAGGGAAAUGGAGUAUUCCUAUACCUAACUGUCCUAUCAUUCCAAAAGCUAGUUGCAAAUCAUUGCACCCUCCAUUGAAUGGUUAUCUUGAGGGUAAAUGUAGUGAUAAAACUCAAGAAUCACAAACGGGAUAUACAUUGGUUGGAAAGUCUGAAUUGAAGUGCACUUCCAAUGGUUGGUCUUCAGAGGUACCCAAAUGUAAAGCAGUUGAAUGUCCGGCAGUCAAUCGGCCUCAACCUAACGGUGCAUUCAGUGGAUUUAAAUUAUCGCCAAAUACUCCUAAUGUUGUCUGCAAUUCAAACGGCAAGUGGAGUGACCCUAACAUCGCAUCCACUACUAUAUCCUGUGUGGCAAACAACGUGCCAACCGGUGUCUGUCCACACAUUGCAAAACCGAGAUAUGGAGAGAUCACCGGUAGCUGUAAUCCGGCACAAACUGAUAAGACAUGUUCUAUGAAAUGCAAUAAAGGGUUUCAAUUACUUGGAAAUCAGACCAUUAUUUGCGGUCGAGAUGGUCAUUGGAGUGGACACAUACCUCGAUGUCUAAGAGAAUGUCCAAGGAUCAAUACAUUCAACGGUCGAGCUAUUGGUUGGUGUGCACCGGGAUUAGAGGGACACAUAUGUAGGCUGAAACACAAACAGUCUGUCAAUCAGUGUCCAAAUAUAGGCAAUCCUGAGAAUGGCUUAGCAUCGGGUGGAUGUGCUAAUGGGGGCACUGAUAGUGUCUGUUCGUUCACUUGUUCCCAGGGAUUCCAGUUGGAAGGCCUCUCACAAGUGACAUGCGAUUCCAAUGGGGUCUGGAGUGGCAAACCUCCGGUUUGUGAGCGCAUACAAUGCCCGUCAUUGACUCCAUCGGCAGGAAUUUCAAUGACUGGUUCUUGUACUCCGGGUCUAUUUCAAAUGGCUUGCGCUCUAUCGUGUCAAACAGAUUCGUCGAAAUCAAUGUCAGUAACGUGUCAGGCAGACGGCACAUGGAGUGAGACAAUUGACAAUUUUGAGUGCACGGCAACGAGUGGCCAAACGUGUCCGGCUCUAGUCUUACCCGUUGGCGCCAAACCUAAUAUUAACUGUAGCUUUGGGGCAAUCGGUAGUAAAUGUGAUAUUAAGUGUAAAUAUGGAUAUCAAAUGGUCGGUCGAAGUAGUAUGACGUGUGAUUCAAGUGGGAAAUGGACGGGACGUUUGGCUCAAUGUUUAAGGAGUAGUGGGCCCCAGGGCUGCCCUUUGUACUGCUUAUGGGGUUUGGGUGCCAUUAGUUCCUCGAUGUUUACGUGA